AUGUCCUUUCAGGUUGAUCAAGAGCCUCAAACAGAUGAGCUUGUUACGCAAUCACCGGGUACCUUCAAGCAAAAUGACAGCGCAAAUACAUCUCAUCACAAUAAUUCCCCUCCACAAAUUUAUUCGGCCGUAUAUUCAACCGUCGACGUCUACGAGAUGGAGGUCAACGGUAUAGCAGUGAUGCGACGGCGCAAAGACAGUUGGCUCAACGCCACCCAGAUACUCAAAGUAGCUGGUAUAGAUAAAGGAAAGCGCACAAAAGUACUCGAAAAAGAAAUUCUUACAGGUGAACACGAAAAAGUUCAAGGAGGAUACGGAAAAUACCAAGGCACUUGGAUUAAAUUUGAAAAAGGACUAGAUUUCUGCAGGCAAUUUGGGGUCGAAGAACUUCUUAGGCCACUACUUACAUAUGACAUGGGCCAAGACGGUGGAAUUGCCGGAGGAGGAGUACUCGAUACACCCACUAAAGAGCAGGCGAUGGCUGCCCAACGCAAACGACAAUACUACGCUAAUAUUGAAAAUCGCCCUAAUUCGCAGGUUGGUACACUUUUUAAGAAUAUUUCUAAUUCAGCAUCGCAUGCAGUUGCAGCUAUAACCAAAGCUCGCCUCGACUCUACCGUACCGAGAAGCAGAAAUGGGAACAGCACACGUCGAACUAGUUUAACCAGAUACUCAUCCCAGGGCUCACCCUCAUGGACCUCAGGAGAGAUUGAACACAAUACUCAAAGUAACUUAUCUCCAGAUCAAGUAGAUAGAAGUCAAGAAAUUCUAAUCCAACCUUCGAUAUUCGGACAGACAAAUUAUGAUGACGUAAAUACCGAAUUUGAAGAGCCACCUCGUAAGAGAAUUCGAUCUUCAUUGAGUAAAAAUGGCACACAAAUAUCCACUCAAGAUGAUCAUCUCGGUAUCUUAAUUCAGCAGACUCCAAAUACCGAGACCAAUGGGUCUUCCACAGAAUCCUCUCAAAAUAAGCAGCAACAAAAUGGCGUAUGCUUACCCUUAGGACCUCUUGAAGUCCCUAUUAAUCCUCAAACGGAAGAGAAAAAAGAACAUUUGAUGUCGCUCUUCACAAACUAUUCCCAGACCGAUUUUAGUAGCCACAAGACACUCCAGACUUUUACCCCUGAGGAAUUAGAUAUACCCAUUGACGGGAGUAGAAACACUGCCUUAAUUUGGGCAGCUACAUUGGCGCGUGUGGAACUAUUGAAAAAUUUGAAAGCACACGGCGCAAAUAUUUUUCGUGUGAAUUCAUCUGGUGAAACCGCCUUGAUGCGGUCGUGCUUAGUGACGAAUAACCUCGAUAUGGGUAGUUUUCCCGAAAUACUAGAGCUACUUAGUCCUACUAUCGAGAUUCGGGACUCCAAAGGUCGAACCGUUCUUCAUCAUAUUGCUAUCGCUUCUGCAGUCAAGGGACGUAGUCAGGCAAGUAAAUAUUACCUUGAGUCGCUUCUUGAGCUUGUCGUUCGCGCCAGCAGCUCUUAUGGUAACCAACAGCACUCUAUGGGUGAACGGCAAGGUCCCCAGAUAAUAAGCAUUGGUCGUUUCAUGUCAGAUAUCGUCAAUAUUCAGGAUCAGUCUGGAGAUACUGCCUUAAUGAUUGCCUCUAGGAUCGGCAACAAAAGUAUUAUUUCACAGCUACUGGAAGUGGGCGCAGACAUCUCCAUACCGAAUCAUUCCUAUCUGACUCCGGCUGAUUUUUGCGUGGGCGAUGGAGUACAAUUCACGAUUCAAGGCGAACAUAAACCUAAUAAUAUACCCAGGCCUGAACCGCGAGAGAGCAGUAAAGAAAUUAUCUCUUCCAUUCUGAGUCUCUUGCAAGAGACAGAAUCAGAGUUUGCCGCCGAGAUAGAGAGGAAGCAAUCUAACAUCGAUGAAUUACAUUCAAAAUUGCGCGCCGAAUCUGGGGCCUUAGGUCAGCGGCGCCGACUCUUUGAAAGCCUUCAGGCUGAAAUGCAUGAGAGUGACACUCGUAAUCUCAAAAUUGACAACCUAAGAAGAGCUUGUGAUGAGGAACAAUCUCUCUUAUCACAGAUACAACAGCUGCAUAAAAAUUCAGGGGUUGAAAAUAUAGACCAAAUAGGUGAUGCAGACAAAUUCUUGGAAAUACCAAGUGAAGCGGUCGAUAUACUUACCAAGAUUGGUAAAAACGAACAGCCAACACUGGAGGUAGAUCCGACAGAAAGAGAAAAUCUUCUGGCAAAAAUACCUACAGCAGAAGUCCUCAGAGCUCGCAUAGAUGCUUACAAAAUUAUCAACGAGGGGCUCGAACGUAACGUGCUGGAUCUCCAGGGCAAGGACUCGGAAUUGACUCGAAAGUACCGCAAAAUAAUAGCUCUUUGCACGGGUAUGGACGAAGAACGAGUCGAAGAAAGUAUUGCAGGUCUAGUACGCUCUCUUGAGAGCGAGCAUGAUGAUGUAGAAUUGUGCCGCGUGCGCGAGUUCUUGUCGAGAGUGGGAAGCGUAUGA